GAGAGGAGCAUAUUAAAAAGUUUAAAGUGACCUUGGGUGAGGUCACUUCUUAGCUCACCUAUCUUGUAAUGGGAAGAGAUCGAUAUCAAAUUUCAAGGAAUCUUUGGCAUCUUAAUUACCUAGCCAGCGAGGCCCAUGAAAAAUCGAUCAUAUCUUCUUCCUCUUCUUUAAAGUUGGAAUUAGCUAGCUAGCUAGCUAGCUGUUCACCAAGUCUUUGAUUUGUUUUUGCAAUGUUUCCUUUACACCAGGGAAAUAAGCUGGUCUUCCAGAUUUCAUCAUCUAAUCCUCACCACCAGAAUUCAUCAGAAGAUAGGAUUCUCGGAUAUGCUUCGCCGGAUGGAUGCAGCAGUACUGUCCUUAGCAACAACAAUAACAUGGGGAAAAGCCGGCGGCGGAAAUUAGUGGUUGCAGCUUUGGAUCAGACAAUUAUUGAAAAUUCAAAGGAUAACAAGAAGAAGAAAAUGAUGAUUCAUAGGGAGAAUGAAAGGCAAAGAAGGCAAGAAAUGGCUACCUUAUACUCCUGUCUUAGAUCCCUACUCCCCCUUGAAUUCAUCAAGGGAAAGCGUUCGACGUCUGAUCACAUGAACGAAGCUGUGAACUACAUAAAACACCUCCAGAAUAGGAUCAAAACAUUAGACGCAAAGAGAGAUGAAUUGAAGAAAUUCCCUAAAAUAAGCACUGUUAUUGACCGUCGCUGCACUACUGGAAGCUCUUUGAAUUCAGACAAGGUGAAUUUGCCUAGCUGUUUUACAGUCCAGCCAAGUUCUGGUGGAGUGCAAAUUUUGGUGAGUGGCGGCUUCAGAAAGGAUGGGUUACCACUCAUUUCAAUCUCAAGCGUUUUGGAAAUUCUGCUUGGACAAGGGCUUACUGUUGUUAGUUGUGUCUCCUCCCAAGUAAAUGAAAGACUCCUUCACACUUUCCAGAUUGAGGUCGAUGAUGUGGAAAGUCUGGAUCUUUCUGCGCUGGAACAGAAGCUAGCUAAAGCGCUUCCAACAUCCAGAAGUACUAUCUCCAAGUUCGAACCCCGAAGCUGUCAAAGUGGCCAGACACUGUGCUGCAAUCCACAGUUGGAGCAUUUCACAUGCGCCGAAGGGGUUUAUCUUGGGUCUAGGAACCCUUUGGGUUCCCCUUGACAAAGUAAAAAAAAAAAUGUUUAUUUUCAUGAUAUUUCAGAAUAUGAAAAGUAUGUAUGUAAAAAUUUUAAGUAUUUAAACUCUUAGACAUGUAUACCAACUCUUCCAAGAGUGUCCACUAGUUGAACCCCGUCCUGUAGACUUCCUGUUUUGCUCAUCCCCUUCGUCAGUUGUUUGAUCGGUAUAUAUAUAGAGGGCCCUUCCAUUAAGGGAUCAUUUUUUUUUUGCCAUUUUAAGGGAUCCCUUGAGGGACCCACUUUUCUAUCGUAUUUCGGCAUCUCGAUCGUUCAGUUUUUAGGUCCUAAUGUAUAUAUCAUUUCUACAAAUUUUCGGCCAAAUUGAUGAUCGUUAAGGUAUGUAAUUGGAUCAAAUCAAUGGACGAACCGAAUCAGUCCAACCUGAAUGGUUUGUGUUCAUAAUUGUAAAUCGCAGUUAUGAAUGCCUUAAUGAUUAUCAAUUUGGCUGAAAAUUUGGAGAGAUGAUCUACUUAUAUAUAUCUAAAAACUGAAUGGUUAAGAUGUGAAUAUGUGAUCGAAAAGUAGGUCUAAUGAGCGAUCCCUUAAAAUGGCCAAAAAAAAAGAGAUCCCUCACUAGAAUGUGUGUGUGUGUGUGUAUAAAUGCACUACCAAAAAUUGUAAAUCCAUAAUUUUAAUUAUUAUUAGUGGAGCACAAAACAAACUGUGCAACACUUGAUUUGUGAACA